AGAUGCACCUUUGCAUACGAAACCGGACUGGGAGGGGUCGCUGCGAGCUGAGGGCUUCUAUUGGCUGCGUGCAUUUGCAGUGGUGCAGGGGUAUCUCUAAUCAUAUUCAGCAUGUUUUGCACAAGAAAUGUCAGCCAGAAAGGAAUAUCUUCUCUCUUCGCCAAAUUAUCCCACCAUAAUGUCCUGCUCCGAGAGUCCGGCGGCCAAUUCUUUCCUGGUGGAUUCGUUGAUGAGUGGAGGCAGAGGAGAGCCGGGGGGCUAUUACCAGGGCAGUGGGGGUUAUCUACCCCAGGCUUCAGAGGUGUCAUAUGGACUGCAAAGCUGUGGACUUUUCCCAGUGCUGGGCAAACGGAAUGAAGGUAUCCCCCCCAAUAACCCAGCACCCCCUACAUCUCAGGGCUAUGGGCAGGGCAUUGAAGUGUGGCUAGAAGCCCCCAGGUCUUGUCGCGUGGGGCAGUCAGAGAGCCAAGCGCCCACCCCCUGCUCCUUUACCCAGAACAUUAAAGAGGAGACCUCCUAUUGCUUGUAUGAUUCAGACAAAUGUCCGAAAGGCUCGACUGCAACAGAGCUGUCCGGCUUCCCAAGGGUUAACUCUGAGCCCAGCCCUGAGCCAAAUGUGAGUUCUGUCCCAGUACCGGGCUACUUCCGCUUGUCCCAGGCUUAUGGCUCUUCCAAAGGCUAUGGGACUACUGCUUCCCAGUUUCCAGUACGUUUCGACGCGCCUGCGUCUUUGUCCUCUGUGCCUACAGAAAACGCCAGGAAAGAGAGCGUGGAAUCGCCAGUUAGCAAGUUACCCGCCGGCUCCCAGCAGAGAAGGGAAGAGGAGAUUCUCAGUUCAUCUUCUGCUGCAGAAGAAUCAUCCCCGGCUCCCUCUGACAGCAGCAAACACUCUCCUGGCAAAGAGCUUGUAGGAAACGCUAAAGGUGAGAAUGCAGCGAACUGGCUGACAGCAAAGAGUGGGCGGAAGAAGCGGUGCCCUUAUACCAAACACCAGACACUGGAGCUGGAGAAAGAAUUCCUGUUCAACAUGUACCUGACUCGCGAGCGGCGCCUAGAGAUCAGCCGGAGCGUGCACCUUUCUGACAGACAAGUGAAAAUCUGGUUCCAGAACCGCAGGAUGAAACUCAAGAAGAUGAACCGAGAGCACAGAAUCCGCGAGCUCACAGCCAACUUCAACUUUUCCUGAUGCCUCCCCUCCAGCACCCUCCCUCCCUCAGGACUCCCAGUGCCAGUACUGUUUGGCUUCCAUCAUCCCCUCCACCUGUGCGGAGUCACACGUUUUCUACAUUGUCAGUACUGUGUCCAUAAUCCCACCCGUACCUUUUCUAAGCGACCCACCGUUGCGCACUGACCGUUUCAUUUUUUUGUUUCCUACAACUACAAUUAUUUUAAGACAGACGUUCGCAGAGGUUAAAGUUAUAUUGUUUCUAUUUUUUAAGCCUUUUUUAGGUUUGAUCAAGCAUUUUCCUAUUUUUUUUAAUUUUUAUUUUUUGUAAAAGGUAUUUAAGCCGAAUGUUAAAACGUGCAGUUUGACCACACAAUAUUGGGUUGAAUGAAAUACGCAAUAUUUGCCCAGGGAAAAAAAAACCAAAACGUUUUCUUUUAAUUAUUAUUAUUCUUUAAAGGAGAACAAACACCGCAAGGGACUAUACUUUAUACUUGUACAUUAUUAGAUUAUUCCUUGAGCGGGUGAUGUGUUUCCAGGUGACCUUCUGUAGCACAAGAGAAGCAAGUUACACAUAAUGGUUUUUUUUUCUAUGCUUUCAAUUUUUAUUUUUAUUUAAAAUGACAGGGGCUGGAAUUAAAAUACAAGAUAUUCGCAUUCCUAAAAUACUGUGAAUUUACCUGCUGUUUUUUAUUUUUUAUUUUACUUACAUUAAAAAAUAAGAACUUUAUAGAUUCAAAUAUGUGUAAAUGUUUAUAAAUAUUAAAAGGAAAGAGAAAAAAAAGCCAUUCCUCGUUGGGUCAAAGUAUUAAUGUUAGUUCUGACGUCAUCUGCUUCUUACCUUCCUCCUGAUUCAUUAAUAUUGUAAUGCUGCUGUUCUUGAACAGAACCUGUUUAUGUUCCCAAUGAAGAAUAAAAGAAAAUGCAAAGAGACUUUCCUAUGUUCACUCCGUGUUGUGGCUGUUUAUCCUUUUAGGUCUAAUUUUAUCUGUUCAGGAACUUUUACAACAGGAGAGAAGUUGGCAACCCCCCCUUUUUUUUCUCCAGUGCAAUCACUUUAGGAAUCUAUUUAAAUAUUACCUAGACAGUCGUAAUUUGUCUGGGCCUUAUAGCGAUGGAGCUGGAAGGGUGAUCGGCUUUUGUGUAGUUUUAUGACUUGCUCGCAUAUCUGCUUUGCUGCAACCCUAGACGAGUGCUUUCAGUUGUGCAAGGAGCUGUUUAGACAGAGGAAGCGAGUGCAAGAGAAGAAGGGAUUGAUUUUUUUUGCUCAAUCUCAGAUGGAAGAGACUGUCUCCCUUCCAUCCGGGAAAACAUUACUUGUGCUCCCCACUGACACUGAAGACAUUUUUAAAGGUGAGAUUUUUGCAAAGAGGACGCCAUUGUUGGAUUCUGCAGAGUCAGAUUGAAUUGAGAAAUCAGGGUAUUUGUAAUGUACAUGAAGGGGAUACAUUUGCAGGCCAGGAAUACGAUCUGAGAUUGGAACCCGUUAGCUGUGUCUGCUCCUGUGCUCUUGGUACAUGUUUAAGCUUGCCAGCAGCACACAUCACAGAUGUUACCCUUUGCAAUCUGUGGAAUAUAUAUUUGCAUUUUUUUUUCUUUAUAGCGGAUCCUCCUCUAGGAAUUUGGAGAUCGCCAAUCCCCAAGUGUUAGCACAGAGCCGCUGUGUGGUUUAGGUAGUUUUAUGUUGUUGGGCAUUUCACUUUUCUCUCUACAACACGAAACUGCCUUAAUUACAUCAGUGGGAUUCAUCACCCAUGUAGAAGAGGAAAUUCUGCAAUAUCUGACUACCCUGUGGCCUGCGCCAUUUGUGCCUGUGCUCGUCCUUUUUAAAGUGUUUCUAUUUGUGCAUAUUUGCCUGUGUGCGCCUCGUUGUGUGCGCCUCCUCCAACAGCUGAUGUCUGUGCGUGUACAUAUAGAGAGAGAGAGAGAGAGAGAGAGAGAGAGAGAGAGAGAGAGAGAGAGAGAGAUUUGUACACUGUUGUGUAUGUGUUUGUAGGUAUGAGUAUGUGUUUUGAAUGAGUUUCUAUUUGUGUGUAUUUGCCUGAGUGCGCAUGGCUGUGUGCGCAUUCUCCAACAGCAGAUGUCUGUGCGUUCACGGAGAGAGAGAGAGACUACAUUGUAAUUAAAUGUUCUGUAAGCUUGCUAUGAUUAUAUUAGUUAGCCAAUAAAGGCAGCAACUUCAUACCACUUUGUUAUUUUUUAUUUCAAAAGGGUUGACCUGUAACAUAGGUAUGAGUAUGUUAUAUAUUUGUGUAGGUGUGUGUGCCCUUAAUGGGCGGUCUUGGAAGUGAUCUGUAUUUAGGUUUUUUUUUUUUAUUUCUACAUUUGGAUAUUUUGUUUGGAUAUACGUUUGCGCGCAUUGCUAUGUGCGUGCAUCAAUGAUUAGCAUAGAUGCAUAACUGUGUAUUAGUGUGAUUUUUGUUGAAUUGUGUUUUUAUGAUUGUGUGUUUUAAGAGUAUGGCCCAUGUGGACAUUUAUGCAUUGGCUUUUGUGUCUGUAAAAAAAAACUUUCUAGCUGCAGUAUUGUGCAACUUUUUAAAUGGUGUUUUUCGAGGAUAUUCGUGGGAUUGCACCUCUGUGUGUAUACAAAGUUUUGUAGAUUUGAAUUUGUGUAUACUAUUUAAACAUUUUUAUAAUUGUAUAUCAGUGUAAUUUGUUGUUGUGUGUAAUUGCGUGUGCUUGUUGGGUGUUCCUCUGCAGGCAAACAGCGUUAUAGCAGGGUAUUUGGGUGUAUAUUUUUGCAAGUAUUUGGAUUUUUGUUAAUAUGUGCUCGGUAUUUUUCGUGUAUAUGUGCGCGUUUAGCUUCUGAUUUAUUUGUAUACUUGUGUAUGCGUUUAUUUGCUAGUGCUUGGUAUAAAUAUUCUGUGUGUGUGCUUUUGUGUAUGUAGGACAGCAGAUUUGUGUAUUUGUAAGUGUGGGAGUUUAGAAUAAACUAUACGUGGAUACUUGAAUGUGUAUAUGUGCUUGUGAACUGGUUUCUAUCCAUGUAUGGUGUAUGUAUAUAUGUAUUUAAUCUCUAUGGGAGUGUGUAUGGAGUUGCUAUGAGCAUGUGACUCAUGGUGUGAGUUGGCUUGGGGGUUGUGUGUCUUUGCUCAAGGCUGUUGUUUAGGUGGCUGAGUGUGUAAAGGGGAUGCAUUUAUUUCUGCAACAAAAUUGUAUUUAUACUAAACUGAGAUAAAAUCAAUAUUAAUUUUUGUCUGCAUAAGAAAUGUAGCUGCUUCCAGUAAGCCUUCAAGGUCAGAUGGACAAUAGCCCUUUAAUGUUCUUUGGGAUCUUUACAGUGCUCUUACUCAGGGAUUGCUCACAGCAACAAAAACUAAAACAAAAAAUAAUGAUUCGAUUUAAUUGCAGACCAUUAUUAUUAUUGCUGUGUGUAUGCACAAACUGUGGGAUUUAAUAAAUAUAAAGGUGUUUCCCCCCUAAGACGUGGAUGCGACUGGAUAUAAUGGUUUCCUGCUUGCAAGGCCUCGGUUACGAUCAUUAUUACAAUGUGCCCAUAGUCUGACAUUCCAGAAAUACACCACCAACAGCGACAGGGGCUGCUGAACAAAUAAGCCACAUAUAAACUGCAACAGCAGUACAGCCUCUCCAGCUCAGCAAACCGACCCUCAAAGCUUGUUUUUAACAAUGCCUGGGCCACUGAAUUUGCUCAUCUGAUAAUAUAUUUUAAGGUUCACUGUCAUGCCACCUUCAGCUAUCAAAUACCAGGUCACCGACUGUACGAUUUUCUCUAGUUUUAUUUAUCUGGAAAAAAAAGAAAAGAAAAAAAACACACCAAACACAAAUAAAAUAUUUUCAUCUACUG